AUGGGCGGAGGAGGAGAAGAAGAGGGGUGGGGUGGUUGGCCACCAACACCUAGUGGAGCGCCAUCGCUCUACAUACAGAAAGAUGACCACUGGACGCACUUUGAUAGCUCUGUAAAUGCAGUUUCUUUUGGGUUUGUUGCCACUGCCAUUCUUAUUUGUAUGUUUCUUGUUAUGGCCAUCUUUGAAAAGUUCCUUAGAGCCACCUCGCCGGCGGCUGAAGGCCGGAGUCGCCUCGACAUUGAGUCUCAGACCCAUAUGAGCGGCUUCAAUGCAAAACUUGGCCAUCAAUCAUCUAAAAUAUUAGUCAAUGCCAAAGAAGUUUCAGUGGUGAUGCCCGGAGAUAAUAUUCCGACUUUUAUUGCACAGCCAGCUCCAGUGCCUUGUCCACCUGAACGCAAGCCUUGGCCUUCCCAUCAACUGCCCGUUUUGUGCCUGAAUUCGAGCUCGGCCUGA